GGGCAAAAUGUCGGCUGUCGGUUUAUUUUGGAUUUCGAUAUUGUUGGCUUUGUGUCUGUACGGGUAUACGGUGACAGCAACAAAUGGUGAGUGUAUAUUUGGCGAGGAUAGAACACAUUUAUAAACUGCAGAUACAAAAGUAACAGAAAUAAUUUAAAUUAAAAACAUAGAUAUUCAUUCCGAAAUGAAUAACAUACCUUCAUUGGUUUCAAGAAAUAGAACGGGAGUGAGGGUGGACGUUCAGCCCUUUUUUCAUGGGGCAAAUCGUAUAACAUUGCAAAAGCUUUUUCUAAUACUAUUGUAGAUUUUUUUAUAUUAAUAAAACUAUUUAUAUUAUUAUUAAUAUUAAUACUUGCUUAAAGUCUAACCCUUUCAUAAAGUACAGAAUAUUAGCGGAUAUGCCCAUGAUUCCCUUCUCAAGGUGACGCCUAUCUGUUGAAUCCAUGUAAUAAAAUUUUACUAAAAAGCACACCGUAUCAUCAAAUAAUAAUUUAAUUUCAUGGAUCAAUACCACGCGUCGAAUAAAUAUAUAUUUUUUUAUAUCCAUGUCAGAGAAUAAUUUUUAAAAUAAUAUGCUAAUUGGACAUAAAUAAUUUUAACGUUAGAAAUAAUAGGUUUCACUAGAAUUGCAUUACAAAUUCUGAUACUGGACAUUGAUUUAAAAUGAAUAAAUUGGGUGCAUGCAUUGUAAUGAACAUCUCUUCAAACAAAAAAGCUUAAUUAACAAUUAUACACUAACCACACAAAAAAUAUCAAAUAUUUGAUUGAAUAUCUCCAUGCAGUAAUUUGUGGCGGUGUUCUUACUAGCCAAGCGGACGUUUUUUCUACACCGAACUACCCAAGGAGCUAUCCACUAAACAUACAAUGUGAAUGGACGAUACUUGUUGCGGAACAGCAAGUGAUUUCAGUAAAGUAUGUGUCUUGUCGCAAUUACCUACCUUUAAAGUGUUGCCUCUCUUUUAAUAUUAUUUUUUUUUUGUUUUAGAUUAACUUUAGUCAAAAUUUUUGCUUAUAUGAAAUUGUGCAAUAAAUUUUAAGUAGAUUAACUUUAGUCAACAUUUUUGCUUGUAUGAAAUUGUGCAAUAAAUUUUAAGUAUUUUUUAAUCGAUAAUUUAUAUAAUUUAUAUUCGUAAUAUAUAUAUAUAUAAAUUGACAGUUGAUUAAAUUUGUCAUGAACUAUCAUUCACAUAUUUCUUGUACUUUUUAAUGCACAACGAACUACUAAAAUUUCACACCAUGACUUUAUGACCGAAUAUGCUCUCUUUUUUUCUAUGUUCAAGAUUUAUAACAUUUGAUGUCGACGAUUCUGACGAUGUCGUGUUCUACGAUGGGGACAGCAAUCAGUCACCUGUGUUAGAGAGGUAUUCCAAUUUUUGGAAUAAUGAGACUCUACAAAUUAGGCGCGUGAGAUCCACUGGGAACAAGUUGCACGUCCUGUUCAACUCCGGAGCUGCUCUGACAGGACUAGGAUUUGCUGCAUCCUAUUGGGCGCAUGGUAAAAAUAGAUGCAUUACAUCAAGUGUUUUUUGAUUGACAAAAUUUUCAUUCCCAGAUGAAAUACGUGACUCCACACAUUAAAACAAUCGCAUGAAAAAAAAGUGCACCAAUAUAAACAUUGUAGUAUAACAACUUCAUUGGAUGUAUUGUUUGGAUAUUCAAUCUUCACUAUUCACAACAAUAUAAGUUAGAGAUAAAUCUAUUAAAAAGAAACUUCAAGAUCAUUUAUGUUUUAGCAAAUGGUUAACGCUUUUGUCUAAAUUUUUGAUUUAGGUGCAUUGUGUUUCGUGUUUUGUAGAAAAAUUACCAUUUAGAUUGAGGUAAACGUUUUAAUUAUUUAAACGAUUGCAGUUUAAUGAUUUCCGAUUCCGCAUAUGUUUUUAAUAUUAAAAAUUCUAGUAAGGAUUCAGUAAAAAAUCAUAUAGAACAAUAGUUCUAGGCUAGGGUAGACAAUGUUUAAGUUGACGCAUUUACAUUAACAACUGGAGAGUGCUACUGUUAUUUGAUGAACUGUUCUACAGCAAUCUUGAUGUUCCUUAGAUGAUAUUAAUCCGAGAAGACCGAUGGCAGAAUACGGGUGACCGCGUGAUACUUAUUAUUCAUACUUAUUUUAAAACUGUGCCAUGUGAAUGGGAGAUCUCCACUUUGCCGCAUCGCAGCCUAAUAACCCGAGCUCGUUGGGAGGUGCUUUAGGGAGAGCCUAAGGAGAUAAUGUACUAGCUCAACGGCUCACUGACGCCAUUCCCUAAUGUACAUUUUCAGUAAAACUGUUUCACCGAUGCUAUACAAAUAUUUAGAAGAGAGAACCAAGAGAACAAAUCGCUACUACAUCUAGUAAUUCUUAAAAUGUUCAGUGAGCUUAUAGGACAAUAAAAUUAGCAAAUUUACAAAAUAGCUUUAAAAAGAAGCAUUAUGAUUACUAUUAUCCAAUUUUAGACGUUGUUUUUUUUGUUUUUUUUUUUUUUUUUUUUUUUUUUUUUUUUUUUUUUAUCGUUUGUCUUUUUGGUUGUUUCCAUAUUUUACACAUAAAAAUGUUAAAGAUAGCAAUGAGUUGGGUAUCAUUUUAAUAUCCCUCGAGUCUAAACGACUUAAUUAACAAGUAUUAAAUUAAACAGAAUGCAAACACUUCAUGUAUGGACUUGACGACUGCAACACGACUUGCCCAUGUGAGGAGGACAACACUGCCUACUGUAAUAACACAAGCGGGGAUUGUGUGUGCAAAACUGGCUGGACUUCUAAGAACUGUUCAGAAGACAUAAAUGAAUGUAAGGAGCCUCAACAUUGCAG